GAGCGGAGCGCGGCAGUGCCUGGACGUGUGUGCCCGCGGGUCAUGGACGGGCGGGCGGUGCUGAUCCAAGCGCUGCUGGCGGCAGUGUGCUCGGCGGCGGCGGGCGGGCUGCGCCGGGACGAGCUGCACAACGAGGUGCUGCACAAGGGCGGUGGCGGCGGCGUGCCGGUCCCAGCCACGGCCCCGCUGCUCGGCGGCAGCCCGGAGAAGGAAGGCGGCGGAGCGGCCUCGGGAGACGAUUUCAGCGAGCUGCCGAGAGUUGCCUUCCUGUCAAAGCCUCAAGGCCUCGUUACUCCCAAGAAGAAAGGGAACGGCAAUAAAAGAAGAAAAGGCAAAGGCCUGGGGAAGAAGAGAGACCCGUGCCUGCGGAAGUACAAGGAUUUCUGUAUUCACGGCGAGUGCAAGUACAUCCGAGAGCUGGGAGCUCCCUCUUGCAUAUGCCAGCCAGGCUACCAUGGAGAGCGCUGCCACGGCCUCUUGCUGCCGGUGGAGCACCGGCCCAGCGUGUACGACCACACCACAGCCCUGGCUGUUGUUGCUGUUGUCCUGUCCUCCCUGUGUCUCCUCAUCAUCGCAGCCCUGCUGAUGCUCAGGUGUCACAAGAGGGGUGGCUACGAUGUAGAAAACGAAGAGAAAAUCAAGCUGGGCAUCACUGUGAAUCACUGAGGAUGCCAGGUGCUGCCGAGGGGUCGGCACUAAUGCACUUCUACCUCCUGGAAGAGGCGAGACCGCGGGGCUGCGGCACGCUGGGGGCUCGCCGAAGCUCCGGGACGGCACCGGCGGGGCUGCUCGGGCAGCGGCCGCACUGCGGCAGCUCCGUGGCCAUCUCCGGGACGGGGCGGGCCCGGGAGCGGUGCUGACCGGAGGCACACGGGGCUCUCUCCGGCGGCUCUCCGUCCGCCGCGGUGUGUGCCGAGGAACAAGCUGUGAAAGGGAGGAGACCGGGCUCGGGGCUUCCUUCGCCGCAGGAGGGGUGGGG